CACUUACCAGUCUCUGAGGAAAUUUUUCGUUGACUUAUGACCGUGAUUAUCAACUGGCAUGACGCAGCUCCUUCCAGAUAAUUCUUAGUGCUUGCCAGUUCCCUUGGAUUUCUGACCUGGGGAUUCGUUUGUUGUGAUUGUAGCGAAAUCUAAAGCAGUAAGCCAUUGAUUUCAUCUGUUUUCGGUUAUACUGUACUGAUCAGGCAGGGCUAAUCUACGUUUGCGGAGUCUGCUUUGCUUACUGCUUUCGGAGACCUUCGACAUAUCAGCCACUUCUGCGAGACGUUAGAACCGAGUGCAGUCGAUCGUCUUCGCACCAUGCCUGAUUCUGGGAAAGCCAACCAAAGCGCUCCGGCGGUUCCUCAGGUACUCUGGGCACAGCGCAAGGAUAUCGUGCUCUUGUCAAUCAUGAUCAGCGAUGUAAAGGAUCAGGAUGUCAAGAUGACACCGGAAAAGGUUCAUUUCAGUGGGACCGCCGGUCCAGACCAGAAGCCGUACGCACUCGACGUUGAACUGUAUGCCGAAAUUGACCCUGAGAAGUCCCAGUACGUGGUGCGCGACCGACUUAUUGACUUUAAAUUACAAAAGAAAGAUACAUCCGGAAAAUUCUGGCCUCGGCUUCUGAAGUCGACCGGCAAAGCCGGAUGGCUCAAAACUGAUUUUUCACGAUGGAAGGAUGAAGAUGAAGAGGACGACGAGGAGCGCGGUGGAAUGGGCGGAAUGGGCGAUUUUGGUGGUUUCGGUGGUGGUGGAGGCGAUUUGGAAAGUAUGAUGCAACAAAUGGGUGGUGGCGGUAUGAACAUGGGUGGCAUGGGCGAUGAAUCGGACGAUGAGUCGCCACCGGAUCUCGAAAAGAAGGAAGGCGAACACGAUAGCGACGACGACAUGCCCAAGCUGGAGUAAAUAAAAGCGCAUUGCCUGGUCUUCCACUCGGUCUGGUCUUUUUUAAUAUUUUGUGGAAUGAUGUCGCGGGUUAAAUGACUGGUCGUCGUGCGUGGAUAAUUCUGGAUAUUAUGUUCUUUUUCUGUUGAUUAUUCGGUCAAACAAUUCCAAAAUUAUACAUGAUAGUUGCUAGAAAUUGCGAUGUGCUUUAGUGAGUUGCCGCUGUAGAACAUGAGCAUGGCGUGUGUUUUGACAGUUUUUUAACGCCUAUAAUACAGUGUUUAAUAAAGUUCUGUUGUCUGG